AUGCCUUUGGAAGAGGCUGUUAACCUGCUAAUGAGGCAAUUGACUGAAGCUAGAGAAGAAGCAGCCCGCCUGAGGGCUGAAAAAGAAAAUGCUACUAAUACUAAGGCUAGAAGGCCUGCACCCAUUUUCCCAAAUCUGGACUUACCAAUCCCUGACCAUUUCCCACAAACUCAGACUGGGGCUACUUUUCAAACCCCGCUGCGCCGAAACGCCACCCAUAUGGGGGAUUUCUCCCAGCAAACACCAACUUUCCAAACACCUGCUCACACUGCAACAUCCCAUAACACAAACACUUAUCAAGCCCCUCGGGCAGCAGGAAUUCCUACAAUCCGUCCUAUGCAACCAAAUGUUACUUUUCAAGACCAUGUCACUCAUAUUGACUCCUCGCCAGAACUGGAGAACAUGGAAAUGUUCUAUGAGGCAAGAAUCGACAAGAUUGAGAAGGAGAUGGGGAAGAAAAUUGUUGAACUAGAACAUGGCUCUAAAAACAAAGAGGGGCUAAAAUACUCUGAUUUGUCCAUACAUCCGGACUUGGGUCUACCAGAAGGUUUCAAAAUUCCCAAAUUCGACCAUUUCAAUGGAUCGGGCAACCGCAGGGCCCACUUAAGAGCUUAUUUCAACCAGUUGGUCGGAAAUGGUGGGAAUGAAGCUUUGCUCAUGAGAUUAUUCAGUCGAAGUCUGUCAGGAACAGCCAUGGAGUGGUUUAUCUCACAUGACAUCAGUCGAUGGAAGACAUAG